AUGAAGGUUAUCGCAACCCUUGCGCUAGGCGCAACAGCUUCCACAGCCGUAUUGGGGGCUGUGCUACCGCAGCAAGAACCAUUAACAGAACUCAGCGUUCACCAUGGGCAAGAACGUUAUCUGAUCGAGCUUGCUCCUUAUCAGACAAGAUGGGUGACAGAGGAAGAGAAAUGGGCUCUGAAAUUGGAUGGCGUGAACUUCAUCGAUAUCACCGCUGAGCGAAACACUGGCUUCUACCCUACACUGAACGCCGGCAGCUAUGUCCACUACCCGGUUCAGAUGGAACACUCGGAGGAGGUCGCCCCACUCCUCCGCAAUCUAUCCAAGGAUAACAUGGAGAAGAAUCUGGAGCAUUUCACUUCCUUCCAUACUCGUUACUAUCGGUCAGCGACCGGCGUCGAGUCAGCGACGUGGCUUUACGAGCAGGUCCUUGAUGUGAUCAAGGCGUCGGGCGCCUCAAAGCAUGGCGCGACCGUGGAACAGUUUUCCCACCCCUGGGGUCAAUUCAGUAUCAUCGCCCGGGUUCCAGGCCAGACAAACAAGACUGUUGUGCUGGGUGCUCACCAGGACAGCAUCAAUCUGUUCCUCCCGUCGAUUCUGGCGGCGCCUGGUGCGGAUGAUGAUGGAAGUGGUACCGUUACUAUUCUUGAAGGCUUGCGGGGUCUGCUGCAGUCAGACACCGUUGCCAAGGGGAAAGCCCCGAACACAGUGGAGUUCCACUGGUACUCGGCGGAGGAAGGUGGUAUGCUUGGCUCCCAGGCUGUUUUCUCUCAGUACAAGAAAGAUAAGCGGGAUGUCAAGGCCAUGCUCCAGCAAGAUAUGACCGGAUACAUCCAAGGGUCGUCUGAUGCGGGCCGCAAGGAAGCCGUCGGAAUCAUGGUCGACUAUGUCGAUCGGGGGCUGACACAGUUCCUGAAGGACGUCAUUAAAGAGUACUGCAAAAUAGGACACAUCGAGACUAAGUGCGGCUAUGCUUGCUCUGACCACACAUCAGCGAGCAAGUACGGGUAUCCAUCUGCAAUGGCAACCGAGUCUGAGAUGGAGAACAGCAACAAGAAGAUUCACACAACCGAUGAUCGAGUCAAGUAUCUGAGUUUCGAUCACAUGCUGGAGCAUGCGAAGUUGACCGUAGGCUUUGCCUAUGAACUGGCUUUUGCUCCGUUUCAGUCCCUGCGUGCACCUGAGUACGAGGCGGUCGCGAUCCCCCUCUCUCACCGUUAUUGCUCAACACGCUACCUCAUCAUGGACUCCUCCAUCCCCUACUCGAAAGAAUUGCAACUGGCCUGUCUGACGGUGCAGAGAGCUACGUUAGCGACCAAAAAGCUACUCGAGGCUGUCGAUAAAGGGUCGUUCGACAAGAGUGAUUCUACCCCUGUCACCAUCGCCGACUUUGCUGCCCAAGCAUUGAUCAUCGCCGCUAUUCAUCAUGCCUUCCCUGAUGACGUGUUUGUUGGUGAGGAAAGCGCGACUGCCCUGCGAUCCGACCCGGCCCUGCUCGAGCGAACGUGGGAGCUGGUCGCUUCUACCCGAUUGACAGACGAGGAAAGCGAUGCGCAGCUCUAUACUCCAAAGACAAAGGAGGAAAUGUUGGAGAUCAUCGACUUGGGGGCCCAGGGUACAUGCGGCUCGCAGAAUCGUGCCUGGGUGUUGGAUCCAGUGGACGGGACGGCGACCUUCAUUCAAGGUCAGCAGUAUGCCGUCUGCCUGUGUCUCUUGGAGAAUGGACGCCAGAAGGUUGGUGUUCUGGGCUGCCCAAACAUGAAUCUGGAGAAGGGAUAUAUCCACGAGGAUAUAGUAGAUCGAGAAGGUUAUGGGCAUCAGGUGUUUGCCGUUGCUGGUCACGGCGCAUACAUGAGAAAGAUGGAUACGGGCGCUCUCCUGCCUGCCCACAAGCUCGAGCCUAAACCUACAAUCACAGACCCCAAGGACCUCGUCUUCGUCGAUUGUGCGGGUGGAUCAUCGGAUAUCAACGUACAUGCCCGCCUUGCAUCUCAGCUGGGCGCCCCUUGGCCGCCUAAGACAGAUCUCUGGGCUACGCAGUUGCGGUACAUCGCGGUCGCGGUUGGAGGAUGCAAUGCUUCCAUGAAGAUCCCACGCAAGGCUUCUUAUCGGUCGAAGAUCUGGGACCAUGCGGGCGGGAUGUUGAUUGUCGAGGAGGUUGGCUGCAUUGUUAGCGACCUUGCUGGUCGUCCGGUUGACUGCAGCCUGGGGCGUACUUUGGCGGGAUGCCACGGGAUGAUUGUUGCGCCGUCGUCUAUCCACCAACGAUUUGUGGACGCUGUGCAACAGAUUAUGUAA